AUGUCGGCGAGAGCACCGGGAAGAGGCCUCGGCCAGCAGGGUCGGGCCGACGAUACCAGCCUUCGGAGGGCCAGGAGUCAGCGGCUUGGCGGCUUGCCCGGAGCAGCCGAGAUGGAUUGGGAAAAGAACGUGAAGCGAAAUGGAAAGGAACGUACCGCAGUGGUCCGUUCUGCUGCCUGGAUCCGCCUGCGCCAUCGACGAAUGUCCUCCAAAAAGUGGCCCAUGAAGGCCUCAUCUGCAGGUCGCCGUUCGCGUCGCCACCUUGACCCCGAUCACCCGGUCCAGCUCGACGAGCUUGGUUAG